AUAGUUUUCACACCAUUCUUCUCUCGCUCCUCACACACACCUCAAUGCUGUAUUUCUUUUCUCCUUUUACCCCCAUAUCUCCACACCCUUCUCCUUUCUCUCUCUAAAUUGGUGCACAAAACCAAGAACCAAGAACCAAAAGCCUAAUCUAAUUCCUAAUUGGGGAGAGAGGGGUAGACACAUGCUUUGAGGGUUUGGCUUUUUAGCUCUCCUCCUCCUCUCUUUGUCAAAAACACACCUGAAUUCUCUCCUACCCUUCCUUGAACUCCUCUCUCUCCCCCCCUCACUCGCUCAUCAAUUUGCAGCUUCCUUCAACACAAUCUGUCAAAGGCACUUGAUUUACUUGCGAAAGCUUGAAGAUUUAAGGGUAUCGUGACAAACCCACAUAGCCUCAGCUCGCAGGUUUGAAAAUAACCAUUAAUUUCCUCCUCUGUGAUGCAUUUCGGAUACCCAAUUCAAUUGGGUAUUUGAAAUCGGUGGAUUUAGAUUGCUGUAUAUUGUGAACCUCUAAUUCUGUUUGGUAUAUAUAUAUACAAUUCGUUUCUGUCUGGGCAUUAGGGUUUUUGAGGUGGAACAGUUUUGGUUUUUGGGUUUGUUGUGUUCCUUUUUACUGGUUCUGGAACUUGGUAUUUGAGCUUGAAGGUUACAUGUUUAUGGGUCUGUGUGUUGUUCUUCAGUGGUAAUAAGAUUUGGGUAUUGUGAAGUUGAAUGGUUUUGGACUAUCGGUUUCUGGGUCAUCUGUAUUGAUUGAGAUAUGAGUCGUAGGGUGCGGCGAAAGGUGGCUAGGAAGGGGAAGGAGAAGGUGGUUUUGCCUAGUUAUCCGGAAAUUGAAGAUGAAGUUUCAUGUCCAAUGCAAAAUGGGAUUGUCAAUUGGACUGGUUUGCCAGAUGAUACAGUCAUUCAGUUGUUUUCAUGUCUGAAUUAUCGUGACCGGGCAAGCUUAUCUUCAACUUGCAAGACAUGGAGGGUUCUUGGAAUUUCGCCUUGUUUGUGGACGUCUUUGGAUCUUCGCGCUCACAAAUGCAAUGAUACCAUGGCAUCUUCACUUGCUUCAAGAUGUGUAAAUCUUCAGAAGCUUAGGUUUCGUGGGGCAGAAUCUGCUGAUGCAAUAUUGCAUCUUCGGGCAAAGAAUUUACGUGAAAUAAGUGGCGAUUACUGUAGAAAAAUAACUGAUGCUACUCUAUCUGUGAUCGUGGCGCGGCAUGAGUCACUUGAAAGCCUCCAGCUUGGGCCAGAUUUCUGUGAAAGGAUCAGCAGUGAUGCUAUAAAAGCAAUAGCUCUUUGCUGUCCUAAAUUGAAAAAGCUUCGACUUUCCGGAAUUAGGGAUGUGCAAGCUGAUGCUAUUAAUGCUUUAUCUAAGCAUUGUCCAAAUUUGACUGAUAUCGGGUUCAUAGACUGUCUGAACAUUGACGAGAUGGCACUGGGAAAUGUUUUAUCAGUUCGAUUCCUCUCUGUUGCUGGGACCUCAAACAUGAAAUGGGGCGUGGUUUCACAUCUUUGGCAUAAGUUGCCUAACUUGGUUGGGCUAGAUGUUUCAAGAACUGAUAUUGGUUCUGCUGCUGUUUCACGGUUGUUAUCAUCAUCACAGAGCUUGAAGGUUUUAUGUGCCCUGAAUUGUCCCGUGCUUGAAGAAGACAGCAACUUUGCUCCUCGUAAAUAUAAAAAUAAAAUGUUACUUGCCCUUUUUACAGAUAUUAUGAAAGAAAUAGCUUUUUUAUUAGUCGACAUUACGAAGAAAGGAAAUAAUGUGUUUCUGUAUUGGAGGAAUUCCAAGAACAAGGAUAAAAACUUGAAUGACAUUAUGAGUUGGAUUGAAUGGAUUCUCUCUCAUACUCUUUUGCGCAUUGCCGAGAGCAAUCAACAGGGUUUAGAUGUUUUUUGGCUCAAGCAAGGUGCAUCUUUGUUGCUCACUUUAAUGCAGAGCUCACAAGAGGAUGUCCAAGAAAGGGCAGCUACAGGGCUUGCAACUUUUGUUGUUAUUGAUGAUGAAAAUGCUAGCAUAGAUUGUGGGAGGGCUGAAGCUGUUAUGCGAGAUGGUGGCAUACGUCUUCUCUUAAACCUGGCAAAAUCUUGGCGGGAAGGGCUCCAAUCAGAGGCUGCAAAGGCUAUAGCAAACUUGUCUGUGAAUGCCAAUGUUGCUAAAGCUGUUGCUGAAGAAGGAGGGAUCAAUAUUCUUGCGGGUUUGGCAAGGUCUAUGAACAGGCUGGUCGCUGAAGAGGCUGCUGGAGGACUAUGGAAUCUUUCUGUUGGAGAAGAGCACAAGGGUGCCAUUGCUGAGGCCGGUGGAGUGAAAGCUUUAGUUGAUCUAAUUUUUAAGUCAUCUGGUGGUGAUGGAGUUCUGGAACGGGCAGCUGGUGCACUGGCGAAUUUGGCUGCUGAUGACAAGUGUAGCACAGAGGUUGCUGUGGCAGGUGGUGUGCAUGCUUUAGUGAUGCUUGCUCGUAACUGCAAGUUUGAGGGAGUGCAAGAGCAGGCUGCCCGUGCCUUGGCAAAUUUGGCUGCCCAUGGAGACAGUAAUAGUAAUAAUGCUGCAGUUGGACAAGAGGCAGGUGCUCUUGAUGCUCUUGUUCAGCUUACACAAUCUCCUCAUGAAGGUGUCAGGCAAGAGGCAGCUGGUGCAUUGUGGAAUCUAUCGUUUGAUGACAGAAAUCGAGAAGCAAUUGCUGCAGCAGGCGGUGUUGAGGCAUUGGUUGCUCUUGCACAAGGCUGCUCAAACGCCUCCCCAGGCCUUCAAGAACGGGCUGCUGGUGCUCUUUGGGGAUUGUCAGUGUCAGAAGCCAAUAGCAUUGCCAUUGGACGGGAAGGAGGUGUUGUGCCUUUGAUUGCAUUGGCACGCUCUGAAGCUGCAGAUGUCCAUGAAACAGCUGCGGGUGCUCUUUGGAAUCUUGCUUUUAACCCUGGUAAUGCUCUCCGGAUUGUGGAGGAAGGAGGUGUUCCUGCGCUUGUUCAUCUUUGUUCUUCUUCGGUGUCAAAAAUGGCUCGCUUCAUGGCUGCGUUGGCAUUGGCAUACAUGUUUGAUGGCAGAAUGGAUGAGUACGCGAUGAUAGGGACUUCAUCGGAAAGUGUCUCAAAGAGUGUGAGCUUAGAUGGCGCUAGAAGGAUGGCUCUGAAACACAUUGAGGCCUUUGUCCACACUUUUUCUGAUCCACAAACGUUUGGUGCUGCUGCAGUAUCAUCAGCCCCUGCAGCGUUGGCGCAAGUGACAGAAGGUGCUCGUAUUCAAGAAGCAGGACAUCUGAGAUGCAGCGGGGCUGAAAUUGGAAGAUUUGUUUCCAUGCUACGGAAUACAUCAUCUGUUCUCAAGGCGUGUGCUGCAUUUGCUCUUCUUCAGUUUACCAUACCUGGUGGCCGGCAUGCUAUGCACCAUGCCAGCCUUAUGCAGAAUGGAGGAGCAGCACGCCUUCUGCGGGCUGCAGCUGCUGCAGCAACUGCCCCCCUUGAAGCCAAAAUCUUUGCUAGAAUUGUGCUUCGGAAUCUUGAGCAUCACCAAAUAGAACCAUCACUUUAAUUUAUCUGUGAUCCGCCGGCAAAACAUCUCUGUUUAGAAUCGUUGAUGGAGGCUGAUUUCAUGCUUAGUUACAAUCUUCCGCGGACAACAGGACAUUGCACCGCAAGGACACAAUCUAUAAUCUUCGGUUUAACAAAUCGGCUUGAUCUUCAAUUUUUCUUCCUCCCCCCAUUCCUUAGGCAUAAAAGAUGGUUAAUUUAGGUUCAAGUAACUUACUCCCUUUGUACCAAAUCAUAUGAAGAAAAAGAGAAGAUUGUUUAGAUGGGGGAAUAAUUUGAAGAACUUGUACCUUAACCAUUUUCAAUUUUUGUUGGUAUUCUUUGUGAUGACGGUUUCUAUAUAUUUUAAAGCUGUUUGAGACUCUUCGAGGCAACAUUCUGAUGAAAAA